CCGUGGCCCAUUUCUCUCCCACGCGCGUAAGAGCGGGCGGCGGCGGCUCGAGCGGAUUCGUCCGCGGCCGUCGGGUUUGGGGAAAAAGCGAUGACGUAAUGCGGCUGGAGAUGGUUGGCUCCGGCGGCGGGGGGGGGCGAUUCCGCCGAGUCCCCGCGGAAGGCGAUGCAGCGCGCCGGCAGGUGAACUCGCGCCGCCCCCGCCGCGUGCGGCUCACAUGGUUCAGUCCGCGAGCGGGUCGCCGAGUCGUCGCCGACUGCGAGGAGGGUGAAGCAGCAGCAGCGGCAGCGGCAGCGGCGGCGGCGGGCACGACGACGCGGGGCGAAGCGGCCGAAUCCACGCACGAUGCCGGGCUUCUUUUGGGCGACUCGCCGCGGCAAGGUCGCCUUCUUGCACCUCUGGUGUCACAUCUCAGGGCUGUUGGCCAGUCAGGUGGUGGUGCCCCCCAGCGUGAGCGCCGUGCUGGGGAAGAACCUGACGUUAGAGUGCCGGGUGGACGUGGCCACCGACCUCACGCUGACGCAGAGCUCGUGGGAGCGACGCCUGCCCGGCGGCCCGGUCACUGUGGCCGUUUACAACCCGAGCUACGGCAUCUCCAUCCCCCCGGAGUUCAUCCAUCGGCUGUAUUUCCGCUCGCCCUCCCCCCGCGACGCCACCAUCGUGCUGGAGAACGUGGGCUUCGCCGACAUGGGCCUGUACACCUGCAAGGUGGCCACGUUCCCGCUCGGAAACACGCAGGCCUCCACGACCGUCAGCGUGCUCGUGGAGCCGAAGGUGUACGUGUCCGCCGGCUCCGCGGCGCUGAUCGACGGCGGCAACGAGACGGCGGUGGCCACCUGCAUCGCCGAGCGCGCCCGCCCCCCCGCCGAGGUGUCGUGGGAGUCCGACCUUUUCGGCCAGUCGGAGGUGCAGCUUUUCGACGACGUCAACGGGACCACCACCACGCAAGUGCGCUACCUUUGGCAGCCCACCCGGCACGUCCGGCGCCACUCGCUGACGUGCGUGGUCCGCCACCCGGCGCUGCUCGACGACUUCAGGGUCCCCUACCGGCUUAACGUGCGCUUCGCCCCUGACAUCUCUGUGGCGGGGUACGACGGAAACUGGUACGUCGGCAGGGGCAACGUUCAAAUGACGUGCAAAGCCAACGCGAACCCGCCAGCUCAUCGCUUCAGAUGGAGCAGGCUGGACGGCGAGAUGCCGGAGGGGGUGGAAAUCCUGAACGGCACGCUGCUUUUCCUGCGUCCUCUGCAGAAGAACGACUCCGGCGUUUACAGGUGCGAGGUCGCCAACGACGUCGACCUCCGCAGUCGGGACCUUCGCAUCCUCAUCCAAGAUCCUUCCACCAUUACUGCUCCCGUCCCCUCCUCCUCCUCCUCCUCCUCCUCCUCUUCUUCCUCCUCCUCGUCAUCCUCCUCCACCCUUGUGGACGAUAAAGUGCGCGUUCAUCUGGGCUCGCCCACCCUCCAAGCGCUCCCCGAGAGUAACCUGGGUACCGUGGUGGGCGGGGCUGUGGGCGGGGCCUCCUUCCUGCUGCUGCUGCUGUGCCUGGCCGGCGCGUGGUACCUCCGCAAACGCCGGAGCUUCCGCGGGGACUGCUGCGCCAAACGCUGCCCGGGCCCAGAAACCCAGCUCCAGAAAUCCCCCGGCAAGCGGCACCGGCCCCGCGCCGCCGGCUUCCGUCGCCCUCAGGACCAAGACCGAGAGGAUUGGGGCGGCGCCGAGCUGGAGCGUCGCGACGACGGAGACGAGUACCCGUCUAACGGCUACACGCGGGCCAUGAGGGAGGGCGGUCACCGCUGCGAGCGGCAGAGUCCCCGGACGGGACGGACGGACGAUUGUAGCCCGCGGCGGGAGCCCGGGAGUCCCCGAUACGCGCACGCGUGCCCCAAAGCUACGAGCAACGGCGUGCCCGACGAGCGCUACGAUAGCGGCCCGGAGGGCGACUACGUCUCGCACCGAGACGGCUCGGUCAUCUCUCGCAGGGAGUGGUACGUUUGAGCGGCGCCACCGCCGUCCCGGUCCGCGCUUUUCUAAACUUCUUUGCACCCUGGAAAACACUUGAGACGCGCCGGUGACGCGAACGAGCCUCGUCGCGGCCGCCAAUUUAUGUCCGGUGGCCGACGUCGUCUGGUGAGGAAGCCCCGGUGGCCUUGCUCUCUCAUUUGCACAUACAGAGUCGCUUAAGACCUUUGACCUCUGAAUACGCUACGCUGAGAUUACAGUGCGGACCGGAACCCGAGACGAUGCCCUCUCCCCUCUCCCGUGUCUCAACAUUAGUUUCUUCCCUUUGGGUCUAAUGACAAAUAUUCUCUGGGACUUCAUUUUCAUAUUACACUAAAAAAGGAAAUUCUUCAUGACUUCGUGCACAUCGGUUGCACAUGAAUUGUUGCACGAACAAAUUUAAGUUUCAAGGAAUUUGAUUUUUCCUUCUCUGGUGACUGAACGUUAAGUAGACAAGCCGCCAGUCUAAACGUAAACGUGCGGCCCGAGUUCACCCUCUUGGGUUUGGCGCCGACGUGGCCGCCGUCGCAGACCCGAGCACGGUAUUGUUCCACGGCCGCUAUCAAUUCACAGUCAUGUUCACGGAUUCAUUUAUGGCAGUUUAGUAAGCAUAGAAAUCUUAGUUGUGUAUGCCAACGGGGUCAUUCCAAGUUGGCUUUGCUCAGCUUUCGUCGUCUUUUUUUUUUUUUUUUUUUUGAUGCACGCGCGACCUUGAACGAUCGUUUUGUUUUGGUGUUCUGAUUUUUUUUUUUUACUUUUUUUUUGGGGGGGGGGUCCAAAUCCUAUCAGUGAUGUCAUAUUUUUAGGAGACGGGAUGGAGGAUAUCUUCAAUCCUCCUGUUGCACAGUAGUUUGUAAAGAGUCUCCUUUUGUCCCUUCAUAGUAUUUUCUGGUGUGUAGAAAUAAAACGACGUGCGCGUAAGUAGCAGCCAAUGAAAUCGUAGCAUAUCUGGGCGUGUCGCAGGCUUCUGUAGCUUAAGACGGAAACGGGCCGCCGCUUUCCAGUAGUCGUCGUCCGGUGGGCGUUAGUUGAAAUCGUGAGCUUAUUAUGAUUAUUAUUAUUAUUAUUAGUUUGGGCGUAACUUGUGCCGUCGGCCGCUAGCAAAUGGCCGGCCUAUUUGCGUAUUUGGUCGUGCGCUCCUCGUGUUAACAACUACCUUCGAGACUUCACGGCCAUUUUGUCCAGUAGGGCUCUGUUGUUGUGAAGUCCAAAGUGCCAUCUUUUGAGGGCCCCGCAGCCAAGCGUCCCCCCCACCCGUGGACAUUUUUUUUUCCUCAGGCGACGUUUGUGUCCGGGGCCGCCACGCCACGGCCAUUAGAAUGAGCUCCACGGGACGUUUUCACGGCUGGCCGGCAGGCCAAAGUCGCUUUGCGGCCCCCGCCGCUUGGGUGCCCGCGCAGGUAACAGGAAACAGCCUGCCCCCCACCCCCCGGUGGCGUUUGCUCCUACGCAUCAAGGCGGAAAGCCCGCUUAUCGAUUUUUGUGUUGGAUUCAUCGCGUUUGCUCGAGCGAGGCGCCGAACCAACUAGUGCCUUAGAAGAUGUUUGUAGUUUUCCCGUUCAUGUUUUGUGACAUUACCGUACUCGGUGCCAUAUAUACUCACCGUAUACUUGACAGUAUUGCCAACUUUUGUCGUCUCUGGUUGUCAACAGUAAAACUGUGAGUAGUUUACAAUGAUGAGCACUUUUUUUUUUUUUUCUAUUUGUGUGUGUGUGUGUGGCUGUUUACACACACACACACACACACACACAUGUACAAUAUUCAAAGGGAAUGUCAGUGCAAGAUGCACAUUUAUUUAUGUCAGUUGUCAUGUUUUUUGGCCCAUUUCAAUAAAGCACCUUAGCACAAGUGA